ACCUCGAACGAAUAAAUCGUCGCUUCGCAUAGUAAAGUCUCAUCAGACCACCCAAAGCCAUGCGUGUCCCUUAUGUCAACGACGAGCAACUGCAGGCCUCUAAGGACCUUACCGAGGUCGCCAUCAUCGAGCGCGUCAGAGCGAGACGGCAACCCGGUGAACUUCUACCUCUUGACCGUGCUCUUUUAAAUUCUCCACAAGUCGCAGAUGGCUGGAACUCAUUUCUCGGGGCUAUUAGGCAAAGAACGUCUCUAACGGCCGACAUCCGAGAAUUAGCCAUUUGCCGAGUGGCGCUGAUAAACGGAGCGGAGUUUGAAUGGUCGCAUCAUGCACCACUUGCUAAGGAAGCCGGGGUUGACGAGAGAGGUCUACGGGGUGAGGCCGAAAAUGAGUGGUUGACGGUGAAACAAAACGCUGUGCUACGGUAUACGGAUGAAAUGACAAAGGAUGUGAGGGUAUCCGACGACACAUUUCAGAAUCUACGCAAUUAUUUUUCAAGUAAGGAAAUUGUGGAGCUUACUGCAACGAUUGGGGCAUACAACUGUUGUAGCCGUUUCUUAGUAGCGCUGGAUGUUGGGGAGAGAAAUGGACUGGUCAAUCAUGAGGAUUGGGUUUAUUAAUGUUCUUGCGGGCAUACCAGUAUGGGACGGGUCGUUGUAGGGUAUGCCAAUCUAGAAGGUGUUUGGGUUUGGGUUCGGGUAAUUGAUUUGCUCAAUCCAAUCGAAUUUGCCACUAAACUAAAUUUGUU